AUGCGUGAUUGGAGACCCAUAUCUCUCUGCAAUGUUCUUUAUAAAUUGAUUUCAAAAGUCCUCGCCAACCGUCUGCAAGUUGUUCUUCCUAAAUGCAUAUUUGACAGUCAGUUAGCUUUUGUUUCGGGCAGGUCAAUUCUAGAUAAUGCUUUGGUUGCAAUCGAAGUUAUUAAUUCCAUGAAUACUAAUACGAGAAUUGUCGAUGGUAGUGUGGCCUUGAAACUUGAUAUAAGUAAAGCUUACGAUCGCAUUGAUUGGGAUUAUCUGAAAGGUGUAAUGGUUAGGAUGGGAUUUAAUUCUCAACGGGUUCAGUGGAUGACGAUAUGUGUCGAAACGGUGGACUAUUCUGUGUUGGUUAAUAAUGAGUUGAUUGGUCCAAUCAUUCCGGGACGGGGAUUGCGUCAAGGGGACCCCCUGUCUCCCUAUUUGUUCAUUAUUUGCGCGGAGGGCCUUUCUUCUCUUAUUAGGCGUGCAGAAGCUAGGGGUGACCUUCGUGGUACUUCCGUUUGUCGAGGGGCACCACCAGUCACCCAUUUGCUUUUUGCGGAUGAUUGCUUCUUAUUUUUUAAAACCACUGAGAACCAGGCACAAGUUAUGCAGUCUAUUCUAACCACUUAUGAAGCAGCGUUUGGUCAGUCUAUCAGUUUACCGAAAUCCGAGACUUUCUAUAGUCGAAAAGUUCCUGAAAACAUGAAGUACUCUAUAACUAACAUUAUGGGCGUUCGGGCUGUUUUAGGCACGGGCAAGUAUUUGGGUUUACCAUCGAUGAUUGGCAGAAACCACACGGCUGUUUUCUCUUACGUUAAAGAUCGCGUGUGGCAGAAAAUCAAUACUUGGAGCAGCAAAUGCCUCUCUAAAGCGGGUCGUGAGGUUAUGAUAAAAUCCGUUUUGCAAGCCAUUCCGUCUUAUAUCAUGAUUAUCUUUAUGCUGUCGUCGAAUAUUAUUUUUACUAUUGAGAAGAUGAUGAAUGCUUUUUGGUGGGGUCACGGUGGGUCUAAUAAUCGAGGCAUUCACUGGUUAUCUUGGGAGAAGCUCUCGAUGCACAAGACAAAUGGAGGUAUGGGUUUCAAAGACCUUACCGCUUUCAACCUAGCAAUGCUUGGCAGUUCCAUCCCUAUUAUUGAUGAACCGUGGUUAAGGAAUGGAACUAAACUUGCUAGUAAUAUUGCCAAUGUGCAUCUGUUGAGGAACUUUGGAGUAGAUAGCUUAAUUCACACUCAUUCUAAGACGUGGAACGUGGAGGUCAUUCAUCAAGUGUUUGAUGAUGCAUCGGCUGCAUCCAUUUUACAAACUUCCUUGUUUGAGCAAGUGACUGAUGAUGCUUUGAUUUGGAAGGCGGAGAGGAAUGGACUAUAUUCAGUCAAAAGUGCUUAUAGACUUUGUGUGGAGGAGUUGAUCGAUACUGCUCAUCUGCGGAGAGAUGAAUAUUGGUCUGGGAUUUGGCGGUUAAAAGUUCCUCAAAAGAUUAAAAAUCUAAUCUGGCGAAUGUGUAGAGGGUUCUUUCCUACCCGUGACCUUUCACGCGAUGAGAGCCAACGUUUUGCUGCCCUUUUGUGGAGCACGUGGAAACAUAGAAAUUUAAAGCUCUGGCAAGGCGUGUCGAAAACAGUGGCGCAGGCCGUGGACAUGGCUAUUCACCUUGUAGAGGACUGGAGCAUGGCUAAUAUGCCUGCUGCAGCAGUGCAGAGCAGCAACAACAUUCCUGCAGUUGCAAUCAGCAGCAGUGGUAUGUCAGCAGAAGCUAAUGGCAGCAGACCUUUACGUGCGGCAGCGAAUAACAACAACAACAACUCUGGUAUGAACAGUCGUAAUAGGCCUAACCAAGGUAGAUUCAAGUGUAACAUUGAUGUCGCAUUUUCAAAUGAGCUGAACAUCACAGGUUUGGGCAUGUGCAUCCGCGAUGAAGGGGGAGUUUUCGUGCUUGCAAAGGCUAUUCCUUUACAGGUUAUACAUUCUGUUCAUGUAGGGGAAGUUUUGGGCCUUUAUUAUGCUUUGGAGUGGUUAAGUGAUAUGAGAUUCGAUAAUGUGGAUUUUGCCUUGGAUUCUAAAACUACAGUGGAUGCGUUUAACAAGUCUCGCCCGGAUGUUUAUGAAUUUGGGCUCAUUAUCUCCGCUUGUAGAAGUCUAUUCGACUUGCAUUUCACCAACUCAAAGGUUGAGUUUAAUCGGAGACAAGCGAAUGAGGUAGCUCACACGAUAGCUGGGGUUGCCAUAUUAUUAGCUAGUCCCAUUACUUAUUCUUAUGUACCUCGUUGUAUUGAACAUCUGAUUUUUAAUGAAAUGUUAUAA